GUUUACACGCUUACUGUACGUUUAUUCAGUGCAAAUCUCGACGAAAUUGGCAUAAAACAGCUUCAAAUACACAUAGAACUGCAUCAAAAUAUUUAUAUCCAGCGUUCAUUUUAUAAUUAGCCUACUGGGUUUAAUUUUCAUACAAACGGAAUUUUGUUUUUAAAAACUACAACCGGAUGUAUGUAUCCUACCUGGCUGACUCGCCUUACUUGACAACUUGGACCUCCGUCACAAUUAGUUGCCUUGAACUCGUUUGUGGUCUGCGCGCUACACUGACAAAGUAUUUUGCAUUUGUCCUCCCGGCCUGAAAAUGCUCUCCUACAUCUUUCGCCUGAUCCGAGGCGGCUUUGACAGCAUCAUCAACCUCAUCUUCAGGCUGCUCUUCCCAAAGAAGAGACCGGCCAUCACCUUAGAGGACCCCAACAUUAAGUAUGCACUGCGCCUGAUAGAUAAAGAGAUUGUCAGCCAUGACACAAGAAAGUUCCGCUUUGCACUGCCAUCCCCUGAACACGUCCUUGGUCUCCCUAUUGGGCAGCACAUCUAUCUGUCGGCAAAGAUAGACGGGAAGCUUGUCGUCCGUCCGUACACACCAGUGUCCAGCGAUGACGACAAAGGUUUUGUGGACCUGGUGGUGAAGAUCUACUUUAAAGACGUUAAUCCAAAAUUCCCAGAGGGCGGGAAGAUGAGUCAGUACUUGGAGAGCCUCAGGAUCGAUGACACGAUUGACUUCAGAGGACCCAGCGGCUUACUUGUUUACAAGGGCAAAGGUGUUUUUGCCAUUCAGCCUGAUAAAAAGUCGCCAGCUGAGAUGAAGACUGCCAAGCAUUUGGGCAUGAUCGCUGGAGGCACAGGCAUCACUCCCAUGCUGCAGAUCGUCACAGCAAUAAUGAAGGAUCCUGAUGACAAAACAGUGUGUCACCUGCUGUUUGCCAACCAGACUGAGAAAGACAUCCUCCUGCGACCGGAGCUGGAAGAGAUUCAGGUCAGCCACCCGGACCGGUUCAAGUUGUGGUUCACCAUCGACAGAGCACCUGAAAACUGGGAGUACAGCAAAGGCUUCAUCAGCGAAGACAUGGUGAGGGAACACCUGCCGCCUCCCAGCAACGAGACCCUCAUCCUGAUGUGCGGACCUCCACCGAUGAUCCAGUUUGCCUGCAACCCUAACCUGGAUAAAGUCUGUCAUGCCGACAGCCGCAGGUUCACGUUUUAGACAUCGUCCACACAGGAGUCAUCAUUUGGAUAUUUAAGGGUGUCCAGUUGUAUCUUUUUUUCCCCUUACCCUGAAAGCAUUAAAGCUGUCAUAUCUACAUUGGGUAUUGCACUAUAUUUAAAUAUGACAUAAUAUGCGAUGAUAUUUAUCAUGCAAGAGAAUCACAGCUUGGACCAAUUCUUGUAUGUUUGGUAGGAAGUUGUGAACGUGUAGGGGGAAAUGGGAUGUGAAAUAAGGAUUUUAUGACAGGAUAUGAAGUUUCUGGAUGUUUGGCUUGAAAAUGAGGCGCUUUCACUUUGGUUUUACUAGAAGACUCGAGGUUUACUGGCUGUUUUUUCUGAGUGCCUUAAACACCUGCAAAGAUUUUAUUUAAUGCACACCACAAGAAUUGUGAUCACUCGCUUCAAUACAGAAUCAUUGAUUGUUCCGUUAUGGCUGUUGGGAACGUGUUACAAGUCUAUACCUGUUGCUUAUCUGUUGUCACGCAAGACGUGUCAGUAUUUGCUCUGUUGUGAUUUGUCAAACGCAGCGUGGUUCCUGGUUUGUUUUCUGAAAGUCUGGAAAAAGUGGUUGCUUGUGUUUAUGGAUCAUAAAGCAACAAUGCUGUUGAA